AUGGCGGCGCCCCUUGCCCGAUCCCCUCUCCCUACCCCCCCACGGAAGCCCGGCGGUGAGGGCAUCUCCAGGCAGCCAGUCGGCGAGCGCGGUCUCCAUCUCCGCGCAUUUCCGGCGCAUCUGCCCCUGCCAGUACGAAGGUGUAAGAUUGGGGAGAGGUGGAGGGAGGGCCUUCGGUGCGCUUGCCUUGUCCGUCCCAGCCAACUUAAUCAUUCAGAAAUAGAUGACGGAAUGAAAGACAAAUUCAAGUUCGGUGACAUCCUCAUGGAUUUUGUGCGUAGAGUUGGGGCUGUUGAUGGGCUUAGUGCGAGUGUUGAGAGGAUUGGAGGUCUGUCUGUCUGGACAGGUUUAUAGGAUCAGGUAAUGUAAUUCAUGGAUCUGAUUUCUUUAACAUACUUAAUGGGAGGACCAGCAAGGUACGGUGCUGUUGAGUUUAUCAUCUAUCUGAUUUCAAUAAAUCAGGAAUCAGCUAUGUGAUUUCAAUAAUAAAUUAGUUUUAUUUUGAAGUUCAGGAAUCAUUCACAAAUCAGCUACGUGAUUUCAAUAAUAAAUUAA